UAAAUCAUUAACUACUGGCUUUGAGCCACCUCGCGUUCUCCAGCUCCGUCGCCGCUCGUUGUGGAGAGGAGAAAAUGGCGGACACGAAGGCUGUCACGAUUCGAACAAGGAAGUUUAUGACCAAUCGUCUCCUCUCCAGGAAGCAAUUCGUCAUCGACGUGCUUCACCCUGGGCGCGCCAAUGUAUCCAAGGCGGAGUUAAAGGAGAAGCUUGCGAAGCUGUACGAAGUGAGGGAUCUCGACACCAUCUUUGUGUUCAAGUUCCGGACGCACUUUGGAGGAGGAAAGUCGACGGGCUUCGGUUUGAUCUAUGACACCGUGGAGAACGCCAAGAAGUAUGAACCUAAGUAUCGGUUAAUUAGGAAUGGGCUUGCAACAAAGGUAGAAAAAUCGAGGAAGCAGAUGAAGGAAAGGAAGAACAGGGCAAAGAAAGUUCGCGGUGUGAAGAAGACCAAAGCUGGAGAUGCAGCCAAGGCUGGGAAGAAGAAGUGAACCAUUUAACAAGUUUUCCUUUUUGACUAUGGUUUGGCUAGCGAACAUCAUAUUCUAGGACGCAAUCUAAGACGGUCAUUUUAAUUGAAUUUACAUUUUGUCAGUUGUUUCAGAAGGGUGAAUUUGUAUUUGGUAUUGAGGUCAAAAUAUUCUGCUUGUUUAGACCUUUGUUACCUAUCAAAAUGUUAAUCUCUCAAUAAUCAGGUAGUUUCAGCGUUGCUUAUUUCAA